AAAACACAGUCUCAAAGUCGUGGCUUCGUUCUUCCAUUCGUCGAUUAGGGCUUCCAUCUGAGUUCCCUCGCGUCUCCGUCAUCUUCUGGCGGAAAAAAUAAGAGCUAAACAAUGAGUUCCACAAGUGAGAAUGUAGACGACAGGCUUAGCAUGUUGCCUGAAGAUAUUCUUUCACGCAUUCUCUCUCUAAUGCCUACGAAAUAUGCUGUGGGAACUAGCGUUCUAUCUAAAAGAUGGAGGUACACUUGGACGUCUGUCACAAACUUGGACUUUGAUUAUACAAGACGUUCCCCCAAUAUGAUUACAUUAAAAUUUGUUGAUGGGAAUGAAGAAAAGUUUACAAAGUUCGUGGAUCGGGUAUUGAAGUUUUGCAAAACAUCUCAUCUUAAAUCGUUUCGACUCCACAUUUCUAGUUCUGGGGUUUCACAGUCAAGUAUAUUAAAUUGGAUUGAUAACGCCGUCAGGUUAAACGUCCGUGAGCUUGACGUAUGUGUUAUCCAAUCUGAGUUGCCUUUGAGCUUGUUCACGUGCAAGACCCUGACAGACUUAAGAUUAGAACCUAGUGACUGUGAUUUGAAGCGUUGGGAGUUUCCGUCUACGAUCUAUCUUCCUUGUCUGAAAACUCUUGACAUUUUUCUGUGUGACAAUCCUUUAGCCAUUCAGGGAUGCUGCCCAGUGCUUGAGAGUUUAUCUUUGAAUGUUUCAUGCUAUGUUGAACAAGAUUUCAUUUUGAACAUCCCUACUUUGAAACGGCUGAAUCUAUUAUGUAUAUCAAUCUACGACGAUGAUAACAGAAAAAUUAUUUUACGUCUCCCUAAACUUGAAUACUUGUUUGUUGAUGGAGAAUUGUGCUCGCUUUUUGAAAUGGAAGAUGUGUCCUCUUUGGUUGAGGCAUCGAUUUCAUGUUCGGCUUGUUCGUUUGAUUUCAUGUGGGCUGAUAUACUAAACAAACUAAGAGGGGUUCAAAAACUUACAAUAGCAAAUUUCCGAUUCACUUCACCUCUGCCCAUCUUUCCAAAUAUGAAGCAAUUGGAGUUGAAUGGUACAUGGGAAUCUGGACAAAUCACUCAGUUUCUUGAAAGUUGUCCCGAGUUGAAAAUUUUGUGUAUUGACUCUGUAGAUGUAGCUGAGAGAGUUUUCAAGAAACAAAAGCCUGAAGAAUCAAAGUUGAUUCCUGCUUGUAUGCUAACAAAUCUUACGUCCAUCAAGAUUUCAAAAUGCUGGGGGGAUACAUGUGAUAUAGAGUUUCUGGAAUAUAUGUUGGGGAAUGCACAGGUUUUGAAGUCGGUAACAAUAUUUGCUCUUGAAAACUUGCUCAUAGAAGACGACCCGUGGUUCUGUGCACAGGUGCUUAAGUUUCCAAGGGCUUCCCCGCAUUGUGAAAUCCAUUUUCGAUCUUGGAAAUUGCCUCAAUCUCAGGAAUCUGAAUACUCCGACAUAUCUGAAUACUCCGACAAAUCUGAAUACUCCGACUCUGAUGAAGCAGAAGCAUUGUGAUUGCUUGAACCAGUAGCCUUCGUUGAAUUCGUUUCAGUUGGGUAAGUCUUGAUGCAGAUUGUUCGGGUGAGCUAUAGAAGACCAAGAAUCCAGUAGCUGUUCAAGAUACCAUUUGUUUCUCAUAUCUCUGAUAAAUAUUGAUGCAACUUUGCAUUUUACAAUGCAUCUAGUUGAUUUCUUUUGGACUUCGGAUGUAAAAUUUUGUUACAUGGUAUGCAUCUAGUUGAUUUCUUUUGGAUUUUUUGAUGUAGAAUAAU